ACUGAGUGUCAGGCGCCGGGAGAGCGAGAGACGCACUCGGCUCUGCAACGCCAGCGGCAUCGGGGCAUCAUGGCUUCUUCGCACUGCAACGCCGACACCGGACUGGAGAUUAAAACCCGGUCGGUGGAGCAGACCCUCAUCCCCUUGGUGACCCAGAUCACAACACUUAUCAAUCACAAAGAAAAACCAAAGAAAUCAGAGAAAACUUGGCGAGUAAUUCAACGGGUCGGGCAAGCAGUGAGUUUGGCUGUUGGAAGAUUUGUCGCUGUUGGUGAAGCCAUAGCAAGUGAAAAUGAAGAGUUAAAAGAGGAAAUGUACUUUGCCUGUCAGGAGGCAAGGCAAGCAGGGGAGUGCAUUGCACAGUUGACUGAUGUGGGCUCCUUUGACCAGCCAGAAUCAGAUGCAAGGGCAACAGUUUACACAGAUAAGACUGGAAUGAUAAAAGCUGCACGAUUACUGCUAUCUUCUGUUACUAAAGUAUUGGUGCUGGCCGACAGGGUCGUCAUUAAGCAAAUAAUCAACUCCAGAAGCAAGGUUCUUACAACUUUGGAACAUUUGGAAAAAGUUAGCAGCUUUCAGGAGUUUGUACAGAUCUUCAGUCAGUUUGGAAACGAGAUGGUAGAAUUUGCCCAUUUGACAGGAGACAGGCAAAAUGAUUUGAAGGAUGAAAAGAAGAAAGCGAGGAUGGCAGCUGCCAGGGCAAUACUGGAGAAAUGUACGAUGAUGCUUCUCACAGCCUCAAAGACUUGCCUUCGGCAUCCAGAUUGUGAAUCAGCAAGAAUAAACAAGGCUGGUGUUUUCCAUCGCAUGAGGUUGGCCUUAGACCAGGUGAUAGAAAUUGUCACCGAUUCAAGAUCAAAUGGUGAACACAAAAUCCAUCCCACGAGCAUCUACGCUGACAUCAAUGAAUUUAAAAUGAAGGUGGAAGGUUUACGAGACAAUUUACAUGGAAUUGCAAAGGAAAACCUGACGACAAUGCUAGAAAUAAUCCUGGAGCAUACAGAGGACUUUACAGACUCUGCAUAUACAAGCCAUGAACACAGAGAACAUAUAUUGGAACUAUCCAGACAGGCCCGAGUGGAGCUGGAGCAGCUGGUUGCUGUGUGGAAACAAGCACAAUGCCUGAAAGCCAAAGAAGCCACAGACGAUAUGGAGUUGGCCAUUAUUAAGACAAGACAGUGUAUGAGUGAACUGAGGAGAGAGCUUCAAAACACUGCUGUGGAGUCAGCAGGGGAGCUUCUAAAAUGUUACGCAGAGCACAUUGUCCUCAAAGCCCUGAAGGCAGCAGGGGUUGAAGGAAAUUUGGAGGCGCUAGCAGAAGUUACCAGCAAAUUGUCUGAACAGAAGGAACAGCUCUCUGAGACUUCUCGAUUACUGCGACACGUUUCAGGAAGUGAACCCUUGGAAAUUACUUGUUUACAUGCAGAAGAAACAUUUCAGGUCAUUGGUCCACAGAUCAUUUCGGCUGCACAGACCUUGGCUCUUCACCCUUCAAGUAAGAUUGCCAAAGAAAAUCUGGAAGUCUUUUGUGAGGCCUGGGAGUCACAACUGAACGAUAUGUCCAUCCUGUUGAAGGAAAUUAAUGAUGUGUUUGAAGGACGAAAAGGAGAGAAGCGUGCAUACCUUUCACUACCAAGACCAGGGAAGCACUCUGCAAAUCUGAAGGUAGUUAAAGCAGUCAAACUAGAUGCUGAGGAACAGGCAAAGAUAGCAAAAUUAGGGUUGGAGCUGCGAUUGCACACGUCAGAUAUAGACGCAGAAACAGAAAGAUGGGAGGACCAAGAGAAUGAGAUUCUUCGGCAGGCGCAGAGUAUGUCUAGUAUGGCAUAUUCGAUGUAUCUUUUCACAAGAGGGGAAGGCCUUUUGAAAACCACACAGGAUUUGUUUCACCAAGCUGAAAUCUUUGCUGAAGAAGGUCUCAGACUGCAUUCAUCACUUCAUUCGUUCUCAAAUCAGCUGGAAGAGGAUGAGAAAUCAUCUUUGCUGGUGGAAGCUGAAAGGUUUCCUGCUUUAUGUCAGCAACUGCAAAUGACCUGCCGAACCCCUGUUCAUGGCAAAGCUGCCACCUUUACCAAGGUUGACACUAUAAUUCAGGAAACGAUAAACAUGAUGACUGUAUUAAUGAAAGCUCUUUCUCUUUGUUACAAACUGUUAAAAAAGUGUAAAGUAGAUCAGACAUUUAUGGGCUCACCCCACAGCUGGAGAGGAAACCAACUGCAGACAGUUGCAAACGGUGAAACCUUAGAUGGGAAGAACACAGACACAUUUGGCGUGAAAUCUCUGGAAAGACACAUGGCAAACUUGACGUUCUUAGAGAGCAAAUGAAGAGAAAAGGUCUAGUGUAGUUGCAACACAUACAUUGUCAGGUGUACUGUAAAGUCUGUCAUUUCAUAGUACACUGUAAUCAAUGUCUGUUGCAUUUAUAGUACUUAAUGUGGAUAUAAAUAGCAGCUAUGUCCCUAACAUGGAUACGACUGUUUUAAGAUCUAUAUUAAACCUUUUUCCAACUCUGUAGUCAUCUGAAGUAAUACUGAGCGAAUAGAUAAUUUGGUUUGGUAUCUUUGAAAUGUAUUACUGCUGGAUUUUUACCUUGGCCGGCUAAUGUCUAAAUCUCUUGUGAAUAUUUUACUGAUGUGAUUAAUUCUUUGAUGCUGCUAGGGUCACAAAUGUGCAAGAACAAAACUGGAUCGGACAGCAUGUGUGUUACUGCUGUCCAAAUUAAUUAAACCAAAAUUAUAUUCGCAGUCAAGUUAUUGCAACAUAUUUUAUCAUUUGGGUACCUUGAAAGAAAUAGGUUUUCGCCACUCUAAUUUCUUCUGCUGCUAGGUGUAAAUUUUCUGGAAGAAGAUAGUCUUCCUCCCAGUAAAAUUUAUCCAAACAUAAUCAGAUUGCUAUUUAUGCUCAAGUUUUAGAUCUCGUAUUUUCCCCUCCCUCCCUUUUCAAAUUCUUGAUAAUGCUUUAAAAUCUACGUUAAUACAUCAAGCAGAUCACAAGUUUUAAAACAGAGUUUUUGCGUUGUAUCCCUCAAAUCUGCUCUUCGCACAUGAACUAAUCUCACUUUUUCUGGUGAUAAUACUGCAGUGCAGUGGGGUUUGAAUGUUGAUGUAUGGAUUGCUGGAAGUAUUGAAUACAGUACUUGGACUGGAUUUGUAUUACCUGUAAAGGCAGUUUUUUUACAUUUCUCUGACAAUUAACAUGCAAAGUUAUAUUUUUUAAAAUAAAAUUCUAAUUCGUUAAUCAUCAUUACAUUGUGUAUUGUUCAAUGGACUUCACGUACAGAGAGAUGUCAUAUUGGUGAUAAAUUAAUUAAACAUUAUUUAUCUUA